AUGAACGAUAAGAUAAAUUAAAAUUAAAAACAUGAUUAAGACUUAAACUAAGUAGAAUAUGAUAAUGUUGAUUACUAUUAAGAAUCAUGUAAACUUUAUUUGGCUAAUGUAUUACUUACAAACUAGUUAAAAGAGUUACUAUCAGAUAAAUAAGAUCUAAUCUCAAAAAUAUAAAAACUAGAAAAAUGUAGUUUUCAAAAUAAUUGUGGCGAAUCUUUAUUUUCGGAUGAUAGAUAAAAACGAAUUAGAAGACCUGCAGCUUUAAUAAAAAGAUAAUUUACUUGUCCUAUAUAAAAAUGUUAAAAAUCAUAUGGAACAGAAGGUUCCUUAUAAUAACAUAUAAAAUUAAAGCAUUAAGAAAUUAAUUUAAAAUAUCUUUAACUCAAAAGCUCAUCAGUAGAAUUAGAUGAUAAUAAAAAUGAUAGCAGCUAAAUUCAAGAAAACAUUAUUAAUACUAGAAAUAAAAAUGCUAAAGCAAGUGAAUAAAAUUAUGAAAGUAGUAUAGAUAAUUAAAAUAGUGAUUUUUUACAAGAAAAUUAUUCAGAUAACUAAAUUAAUAUAUAAUGA